AUGCUUCGCCUUCAGACAGACAAUAUAAAUGCAGCAAUUAGCGAUUUGAAGUCGAAGGGAGUGCGCACCCUAGCCGAUAAACCAGCCACUGGUGCUCACGGUUAUCCUGUAGUAUUUCUGCAUCCAAAGGACGCCAAUGGUGUACUCACAGAACUAGAGCAACCGGAUGAGUCCUGGAAGCGCAACCAUUCCAAAAAAACCUGA